AAUUUGUUGUUUUGAAAUGUUUGUGUUAGUUAAAUGGGCGUUUGUAGCCUACCAGGGAGGGAGGGGGCAUCAUCAUCGUUUGUGAGGGCAAAAGUAAAGCGUUCAGCGCCAUAUUCAGUAGGGGCAAGUUACCGGCGGGCAGUACCGAUGUUGAAGAAUGUUCAGGAGUCCUCAGAUCCUGACCCUGACAUGCCCCCUCAGGACCCCCCGGCCUCUGCUGCUCAGGGUGACAGACCCUGCUUCGCCUGAGGCUCCCUCUCUCAUGGCCAGGAGAGGGGUCUCUACCUGCCAGGAGUAUGGACGGAUGAAGAGGAGAGAGGAGACUUCAUCCCUCAAUUCUACCAUUUUUUCACCAAGCUCAGACUGUGAACGUUUCCACAUCACCACCAAAGCUUCAGAUCCCCUCCCUCCAGAAGCUGGUUCUUCAUACCUGCCUCAGGACUUGGUUAAAGAUCCCCCCUGCCAGUUUGGAGUCUGGGGUACAACUCUAUGUGAACACUCAAAACAAAACCCUGACUGUUCAAAUGACGUCCAGUGCCUUCACUACAACAGAAGGCCAGCAGACGAUAGUCCUCAACCAUUCACACCCAACUCUGUAAUAUCCAGUAUUAGACUGAAAUCGCACAGUCCCUUUCAAAGCCGUCCUUUUCCCAAACACACUUCCCUCAAACCGCUGCUUGUUUCCUCUGUACCUCAACCAUGGACAAUGGAGCUCCAGAGGGCGCUCCUCUCCAGCCCCCUCACCCCCCGCCUGUCCUUGCCCCAGACCAGAGCAAUCCACCUGGCUGCUGCCCGCAAGGAGGCAGCCCUGAGGGAGUGCCUGUCCCUGGAGAACGAGGAGCGGUGUCGCCAGAGCCUGGGGGCCAACCUGGGUCUGUACGAGGGGGAGAGGGUCCGGAAGGGAGGCCGGGGCCAGGGGCGCUGGGCGUCUGUGCUGGUGUCUCUGUGCUCUGUUGAGGGCCAGCCAGCCUUCCUGUUCACCCUCAGGUCCAGCACACUUAAGGGCAGACACAAGGGAGACGUGAGUUUUGCAGGUGGCAAAGGGGACCCGUCGGACCGGGACGUGGUCGACACAGCACUGAGGGAAGCAAGAGAGGAACUUGGUGUUACCGUGACAACAGAUAGUGUGUGGGGUGUGCUUCAGCCGCUCAGAGACAUGUCAGGGAUGAUGAUCGCUCCUGUAGUGGCCAACCUCGGGCCCCUGGAGGCCUUGUCUUUCAAGCCCAACCCUGGAGAGGUGGAGGAGAUCUUCACCCUAUCCGUGUGUCACGUCUGCAGCCCAGAGAACCGGGGCUACACACACUUCCGCACUGGGGAUCGCUACGGUUACACACUCCCGGUGUUCCGUAACGGGAAGCACCGCGUCUGGGGCCUCACCGCCGUCGCCCUCGACCACGCCCUCAAACUCAUCCUGCCGCCAUAACCAUUGGUCUGCACUGUCCAAUCAGAACAGGUCUUGAUAUAAAAGCACAUAUAACUAUGUACAAGAAUUUAGGGAUUAAUUAUUAUUUGAAAUGUGCAGUAUCAUGGUUGGGAUACAUUUUCCGUUCAGUAUUAUAUUAAUGUUGAUUCAAACCUAAUGCAUGAAGUGAAUUGAAUUCUUUAAAAAGAAUUCAUGGAAAACAAUGGACUGAAUUGGAAUUGAGCCUUAAACUGACCAAUCAGGAUGUCUUGGGUUCAGUGUACCAUACCACUUUCACACAGUUUGGUAAUUUGGGAUAACAGAUACAUACUACAGCCCAGUCAAAAACAAACUGAUUUCUCUCCCACUUACCUUGUGUGCAGUUGUCGUCCUACUUUACCUCACCUCGGUUCAGCUCGUCCAUACUUGCAUACACACUGCUGUCAGUGGGCUGUCCAUCAACGCAAUAAAGACACAUUUCAACCGUU